AUGGGUGAUCAGUUCCAGGCAGUAAUCAGGAACAUACAAACUCCACAGGCAGGGGCUGCAGCUUCUGCAGCCCCUGCUGUCCCUCCCCCUUGUUUACACCAGCAUGACGCUGAGGGUCGUAUGAUGGAAAGAUUCCUUAAGAUGCAGCCCCUUAGUUUUGUUGGGAUCAGUGGUGAUAUCUUGUUACCUGUUAAAUGGGUGAAAGAGAUGGAGAAAGCCUUUAAGUUUAUGGGCUGUAAUGAGGAGCAGAAACUUACAUGUGCUGGAUACAAGCUCCAGUACGAGGCAGAAGCUUGGUGGGAAACUACUAAACCCAUUUUGGAGGUAGCACACCCAGUUAUAACUUGGGAAAUCUUCAAGCAGGCUUUCUUUGGCAAUUAUUUCCUCACCAGUGUAAGAAAGAAGAAGGAGAUAGAGCUGGCAGAGCUAACACAGGGACCCAAAUCUGUGUUACAGUACCAACAGAAGUUUGAAGAGUUGUUAUUCUUCGCCCCUCCUCACUUGAGUGAUGAUGAAGCGAAGGCAUAG